AUGAGCGACGACCUCUGUACGCUCUGCUUGAGCCUCUCCACCACGAUACAUGAAGCAUUCACAGAUGAAGCCGAGGCUACACCAUUAAGCCCCCUCUGGCACAAGACUCUCGGCGAGGUGCACACCUCCUCCUUCACCUGCAGGUUUUGUGUCAUCGUUAUAAAGGGGUGGUCGCAGUCCAGAGUUGUCCAGGUGGAGAGAGCAACUCUCGAGGCCGAUUAUGACGCUGAACACCCGCCAGCGGACCUUCACCGUCCCAUUCACGAGAUUCCGGCUUAUCGAAACGAAGCGGAGCUCGAGAUAUCCCUGGAGAAGUUACCGCGGUAUCUCGAUGAUGGACGCAGACUGACGAACCGCUGGGCUGUUGUGUGCAACUGUAAUGUGAAAAGUAGCACCUCUUCGAUGUGCAUCCAAGCCUUCGGGCACAUCUGA